AUGUCCGGCGCCGCAUGGACCUCUUCAGCCCGCUAUACGUGCACCGACUGCGGAAAACACUACGCGACAUCGUCAAACCUGUCGCGGCACAAGCAGACACACCGGAGCCUGGACUCGCAGUCGGCCAAGCGGUGCAACGCUUGCGGCAAGGCGUACGUCAGCAUGCCCGCUCUCGCCAUGCACCUUCUCACGCACAAGCUGUCGCACGCAUGCGGUGUGUGUGGAAAGAUGUUCAGCCGGCCAUGGCUGUUGCAGGGCCAUCUGCGGUCGCACACCGGCGAGAAGCCUUAUGCUUGCGCACAGUGCGGCAAAGCGUUCGCGGACCGGUCCAACCUGCGUGCGCACAUGAUGACCCACUCGGGCGACAAGAACUUUGCGUGCCACUGGUGCCGCAAGUCGUUCGCGCUCAAGUCGUACCUGAACAAGCACCUGGAGGCGGGCUGCGCGCCGGCCGCCGCGGUGGCUGCUGCCUCGUCUCCGCCGUCGCCGUCGUCACCGCAGCAGCCCGACGACCGGGAAACCGCCACCCGGGGUGGAUAA